AGUGCUUCACUUGUGGCUCUGGACAAACGCUGUCAGUCGGAUAGGCGUGAGCAGCAGCCUCCCACUUUCAUCGCUAUAACAACCACGGGGCGGUCUGCUCCGUGCGCCUCGAUGGCACAGCUCCGCCGCAGCAGCAGCCUGGAUGCAGCGACUGCCAGGUGUCAUCCUCCGACCUCAGCUCACCGCGCACCGCCUGCCUCUGCACGCGGAGGAGGAGGGGGCUCCGGGGGAGAGCCUGCCCGUAUUUCCCCGUCACAGUGAACUGAGCAGUGGGGAAGCUCACGCCGCUGAACCGCUACGUCAAAGAGAUUAGUCAAAUAACCUCUCGGACUGUCGGACAUAGCUCCUCCUCGAGCCUGGAUGUCAGUGUGUGGUGCACUGACAAGCGGAUAGACACCACAGCACUUUUGCUUCUCUUUUCUUUUUUUGGAGGGAAGGGGGCUGCCUGGCUGCUUGGGUGAGGUGAGGCAGCUGUAGUGUAGGGCUCCUCCGGCGUCUUCUUUAUCUCCUGCCUUUCCGCCCCCACCAUCGUCGCGACGAAAUGGCGAAAGAAAACGGCGAGUCCGGUGACGGCUCUUCAUGGAAAAAGCACGUCGAUGAUAUUAAGAAAAUCUUUGACUUUAAGGAAGUCCUUGGCACAGGUGCAUUUUCUGAGGUGGUGAUGGCUCGGGAGAAGGCCACGGGGAAGAUGGUGGCGAUCAAAUGUAUCCCCAAAAAAGCACUUAAAGGCAAGGAGACCAGCAUCGAAAAUGAGAUUGCGGUGCUCAGAAAAAUAAAACAUGAAAACAUUGUGGCCCUGGAGGAUAUUUAUGAAAGUUCAAACCACCUUUACCUCAUCAUGCAGCUGGUGUCGGGAGGCGAGCUCUUUGAUCGCAUUGUCGAAAAGGGCUUUUACACAGAGAUGGAUGCUAGUCGCCUCAUUCGACAAGUGCUGGAUGCAGUAAACUAUCUUCACUCCAUGGGGAUCGUGCACAGAGACCUAAAGCCAGAGAAUCUGCUCUACUUUAGCCCCCAUGAUGACUCAAAGAUCAUGAUCAGUGACUUUGGCCUGUCCAAGAUGGAAGGCACUGGAGAUGUGAUGGCCACCGCCUGUGGGACCCCGGGAUACGUGGCCCCUGAAGUAUUAGCACAGAAGCCCUACAGCAAGGCAGUGGACUGUUGGUCUAUUGGAGUUAUUGCGUACAUUCUGCUGUGUGGAUACCCGCCCUUCUACGAUGAGAAUGAUUCCAAGCUCUUUGAGCAGAUCCUGAAAGCGGACUAUGAGUUUGAUGCUCCGUACUGGGAUGACAUAUCAGACUCUGCCAAAGACUUUAUCAGCUCACUCAUGGAGAAAGACCCAGAGAAGCGCUUCACAUGUGACCAGGCGCUGGAGCACCCCUGGAUUGCUGGGGAUACAGCUCUCUGCAAGAACAUCCAUGAGUCCGUUAGCCGACAGAUGAGGAAAAAUUUUGCCAAAAGCAAAUGGAGGCAAGCCUUCAAUGCCACUGCAGUGAUCCGGCACAUGAGGCGUCUGCAGCUGGGCACUAGUUUUGGCAGCAGUAUCUCCAGUUCUAACUCAGUGUCAGGACCUCAGAGCCGUGGCCCAGCCAAGAGUCAGUCUGUGGACUGUGCCCCCCUCUCCCUCAAGGACUGUGCUCCUAUUGCCCCUCUGCCCUCUGCUGUCAAAGCUUACACUCAGGACUCAGGACCCCCCUCCCCUGUCCGGGAGGAGCCCCCUGUGGUGCCAGAGGUGCCCCGGCCACGCCCCUCCACGGUCACAGUCAUCCACACUGGGACUAAAUGACGCCAGGUUCCGCGGGAGGUCAGCUGGGAGACUACGGAGCUCUGAGAUGGGACAACCUGACCCGCUCUCAAAAAUCCGAGUCAUCUGUUCACCCAGUUUGCCCAUCCCGCCAUCUCCUGUCUGUUUUUAAGGAGGAAUUCGUUCAAGAAGGGGCUUCAUUCACCACGAUACAGAGGGUGCUUGCCUUGUGGUUGACAUUGAGACCUAGAAAUGCAGUGUAGGAAGGCUCCAUGUUUUUGGUGUGGACAUUUAUCCUACAUCACUGCGACUGGUGUUUGAGCUGGGGCAUCCCACACAAAAGGUUACUAAAAGCUGCUGUUGUUUUUGACUGAAGAGUGUCUCAAUACGAUGAGGUUCUCCCAUUGUAAUGCCUUGUGUAAAUAUAUUUUGCCUGGACUUCUUGUGGAGUGGAGUAACGUUAUGCGAGUGAAUCAUACGCUUGAAGCACUGGUAAAUAAUCGUGACUGCAUCUGCACUCCUCUGACAGCUCUUGUAAAGAUGUUGUGAUAUUUGAUUUUGCUACACAGGGUCAUAGCUCCCACCAGUAAAGACAGUUGUGUUGUUUAUUUGCUUAACGGUGCAUGGACUGACCUGUGUGCUUCAAUAGGCGAUCAGAUCUUCUUGUUUCUGAGGUCUCACAAACAUCUUUUAGUUUGUUGUUCCAGGGCCGUUCAGUCAAAGGAUUGGCCACCUUUUACGAUGUCUAAAAUUGUAAAUGUUUCAAUAGCCUUAUAUGCGGUACUUGCCAUGCCAUUUGAUUCAAAAGAGCUCCAACUUUUAAUUUCAAACCACUUCAGAAAAUACAAUAAUGUAACCAGGAUUUAACAUUAACAAAUUGGCUUGGGACCUUAAAUUAUGUCUUACAUUACAAUGGCCCCUCAUAAAUUAGCCUUUUAUUAUUUGCUUUGGAGCCUUAGUCUGUGUAAUCUAUGAAACAGUAAAAAGACACAAAAUUACAUAAUCUUUAAGUUACUGGUCCAUUUUGGAACAACUAGAAGGAUGUUUUCACAUCCUCACCUACAUGGGAUAAUGUGAUUGCUCAUGCUACAAUCAUGGUGCGAUUUAAUGAAGGGACAAUGAAUUAUUUAUUUUCUUACAAUGUAUCAAUGACUUUUGUAAGAAAUUGUAAAUGUGUAUCAAGACAUUAUAAUGAAUGAUAUAAAUAUGUGACUAUUUCAGCUUUAGUUGUUUUGGACAUUGAUUUUGACUGUGAAAUUCUCCUCCACCACAAGGGGGCAACAAUGUGUUGUGGCUUUAUGACCAUUUCUCAGGGAAUGUGCUUUAACAUGAAGUGAACCAAACCUUUACAGUGAUCACACCGUGCUGGUGUUUGAGAUGGGUCAAAAAAAACUGAAAAGAAAGUAUCUAAACGCAGCAUAUUGUUCUGUACUGUGCCAUCGGGUGACCAUUUUAUUUGAGUGAAUCAUACGUGGAUGGUUUCCCUUUAAAGAAAAUCAGAAUACAGGUGCAUCUCAGAAAAUAGGAGAUUUUGAAAAACAAAACAAACAUAUUUGCACAUUGAAGCCAUUUGAUUUAAGAAAUAGACAUAAACAUUUCAUUUAUUUCCCUGCUAAAAUAUUCAAUAAUAAAAGAAGACAAUUUAUACCUCUGCUAAGGCAUUGAUGGUAACUGGCAUUGUUCAUACAUCUAGAUCAGGGAUAUCUAUGGAGGCACAAAACUUUAUCACUGUGGGACUUUUUUGACAUGCACCUGUAUACAUUUUUAUUGAAAAUAUUUAACUGAUGUCUGUACUCAAAAGUGACAAAUAAUGAAUGCAAAUUUACUCAAAUGUAUCUUGAUAAAGAUUGUUCCUAUUUAAGCCGAAUAUUUAAAACUCAGUGGUGUGCAGUUCAGUGGUUGAAAUAUCGUGGCUCGUGUCAAAACAGCUCACUCAGUCUCUCUAUGUAAUCACUGUGCUUUCAUACAAACCUGUUGAAUUUUACAGACUUUGCACUGCCAGGAGAAUUCUGUCUUGUAUUUUCUCUGGCUAUAGCUGUAUUUGAUUUCCAAUAUCCAGCCACUGUGAUGUCAUAACAUUCUAGAUGGAAGGCAGGAUAAAUAUAUACUAGAAUUAGUUCUGUGAUAUUUUGGUGUAGUUCAUGGUUAAUAAUACAAUGCAAUUACAGGGCUCAUCAAACUAAAACAAAAGAUGGCAUGAUAUUACAAGUCUUCUCUGUCAACACUAGGGUGAAAGGAUUUUUUAAGUAAAAGUAAGGUGAUGCAUAAUGAAAUCACGCAGGGAUGACAGGAUAGAGCAUGUGGCCAUACGAUAGAGACAGGAAGUUUAUGAAAAUGUAUUGUACUAAAACGGUACGAUUGAAAACUGACUCCUUCCUUCCACCUUGUAUAUGGCAUCACCAUAUUCUCGACGGUGAAAACAACCCUUUCAUCAGAACCUCUUGAGGGCUUUCUGAACAUUUCCAAAAAUACAAUCUAAUCUUGUGACAAGCCUUUACUGUAAAUACAAGUCUCAACAACAGUUUAUUUGGGUCUUGAGUGUUUAUUUUGUCUUCCCACUAAUUUUCCCUUAAAAUAAGAAAACUAAAAUCUGUUAGUACGCAUGUUUCAAGCUGUUCUUUGUAGAUGCAUGUAUUAAAAACAGGCUUGUUUGCAA